CUGGAAGAAACCUGCUUUUAUUUUACCUAGAUUAACCAGUGAUAAUGGCAGAAACAAUAAUGAACAUUGUUGAACAAUCUAAUUUUUUAGAUAGUUUCAAAUCAAUUAUAGAACCAAUUGCAAAUGAAGCCAUAAAUAAGUAUGGAAUCUGUAAUGUUGGUCUGUCAGGUGGGUCAUUGGUAAAUCUUUUGGAACUGGUGUUGCCAAAAAUUGAAACUACAUGGAAGAAUUGGCAGUUCUUUUUCUGUGAUGAAAGAAUUGUUUCAUAUGAUGAUCCAGAGUCAACAUAUGGACUUUAUAAAAAAAAACUUAUUGGGAUUUUGCCAAUUAAUGAAAACCAGUUUAUAAAAGUAAAUACAAAACUAUCAGCAAAUGAAGCUGCAAUAGAUUAUGAAAAGGAACUUAAGUCUCAUUUUGGGGAUCAUUUACCCGAAUUCGAUCUUCUGUUACUUGGUUUAGGGCCAGAUGGACAUACAUGUUCACUGUUUCCUCACCAUGCUCUUCUUAAUGAAAAUAAGUUAUGGGUUGCACCUAUCAAUGAUUCUCCAAAACCUCCACCUUCCAGAGUUACUCUGACUUUUCCUGUGAUCAAUAAUGCCCGAAACUGUUUGUUUGCAAUUUCUGGAAAAGGCAAAGCUGAUAUUCUACAGAGAAUCUUCUUGGGCGAUGAAGACCUACCAGCUAACAGAGUAAAACCUACCUCGGGGAAGUUACAUUGGCUUGUGGAUACAGCAGCAGCUAGAAAUUUACAAUCUUUUUCAUAACAGCAUCCAGAUAAGCUUCUUUUUUUUCUUUUUAAGUACAUUUUGUAUAAGCGUAGUAUAUUGCCUGAUAAUUCUGUAGUGUUUAGAAAAUGUAGUAAUAUAUUGACAAAUAGAUUAAUAUCGGGAAAUUAGUUUGUUAGACCUCAAUUGUGUUUUAUAAAAAUAAAUUAUAUUUUUACAAAUACAUUUAAAUUUACUGUGCAAUUAAUUUGUUUAUAUGUUUAAAAAAAAAUUUCAUUUAGCUUUUAUAGGAAAUUUCUGUUUUUACUUCAAUCAUAGAUUUAGCAAAGCUAAGCUUCUCCUACUUUAAAUUAUUUGUAAAUAAAUAUUAAACCAAUAUUUUAGCAGCUUGUUAUCUAGUAAAUAAAAUUUACAUAUUUUUAGCAUUAUUUCAAUAACUGAGAUUUAUUCAAGUCCUUCAUUGACUUUUUUUUAGUUUAAUUGUCUA